AUGGGUCACUCUCAGGAGCUCAGUGAAUUCAAGCGUGGUACCGUGAUAGGUUGCCACCUGUGCAAUAAGUCCAUCCGUGACAUUUCCUUGCUACUAAAUAUUCCAUGGACAACUGUUGGUGGUAUUAUAACAAAGUGGAAGCAACUGGGAACAGCAGCAACUCAGCCAUGAAGUGAGCAGGGUCAGCCAACUGUCUGCAGAGUCAAUAGCUAAAUUCCUCCAAAUUUUGUGUGGCCUUCAGAUUAGCACAACAGUGCAUAGAGAGCUUCAUG